GGUUACAAAGCGCAACGCAAAAUAAACGUGCGGUGUUUUUCUUUCGAAUUAUUUAAGUUGAAUUCAAACCUAAAUAUCGAAUAUUUUGAGGAAAAAACGGGUACAGAAAUGAGUGGAAUGGCAGAGAUCGAGGACCAAAGCCGGCGAAAUGAGCUGGAAGAAGAGAUGUCACGGUAAUGGUCGGCAAAUGUUGACUUUUAAUCCGUGUUUCCAGAUCUAAUCUCCAUAAUGUCAGAACAUAGUUUUUCUUGCCUCAUAAUGAUUGACAAAUACGUUAAGCUUCCGGCUUUAACUAUUUAUUACAAUUUGUUACAUAUUAUAUACAUAUAGAAUGUUUGUUUCCGCCGGGCGUCAAUUAAUGUUUUUUCGCUUUUUCCUAUGGGUUGACAGUAGUGAAGUGUUAAUUUUUGAAAUGGUUCUCUUAUUUCUUGUCUUUGUUUCUGAAUUAUUGAAUAAACUUUUGGAGUUAAUGUGUAACUACCAUUAACCCUUAAACUCCAGUAAGUGACCAAGAUAGAAUUUCUCCUAACAGUACCAAUGCAAUAUCAAGCAGAUAAGUAAUAAGAAUAAAGAAAAUAUCAUUAGGGGAUUACUAGUUGAUCUAAUUCCCAAUUCUUUGAAGUGAUAUCACAAGAAUUGCAUGGCAGACAGUAAAGAGAAUUACUAAUGAGAUCAUGGGAGUGGAAGGAUUAAAAGUGCUUUGUGAUUAUGUGUACCUUUUACCAAAACCAAAGUGAUUGUGACAGCCAAUUAGGAUGAAGGGAAAUAUGGCAACAAUCUAAUUACUGCAACAGGAGAGUGCUGAUUUGUAUUAGCAUUGUCUGCUAAUUGCUACAGAUCAAACAGUUGUAGCAGGUAUCAAGGAAAAAAUUUCAAUACUCAAGACUUUUGGCUGCCCCUCUUUGUUAUUAAAAAGUAUUUGCUCCCUGAUGCUUACUACUGCCUUGCUAUUUUUCAGGUUUGAACAAGAAAUAGCAGAACAUCCAAUUUCAAGGCCAGUCAUAGCCACAAACACAUUUCGUAUGGCAUCACAAGCAAUCCAGAAUGCAGCUACUGUUCCAGAGGUAAAACCACAACAAGAAAUGCCCAAUAACCAGCAUUUUGUCCAAGGAGCACACCCACGUCCAUUAUUACAACCUUCUAAUCCUAAUUUACGACCACCAGUUGUCCAGGGCACUUUGAAUCAAGUCCGUCCCCAUAUGCAGGGUCCAAUCCGACGUCCUGUGCAAGCCCCUCCCAAUCAGUUACCUGGUCCUCGAAUACCACAUACCAUGACAUUGCCACCCAGGAUGCCUCCUAUGGUACCGCAAAUGGUCCCUAAUCCUGGAGCCAUGCCUGUUAUGGGUCCUGUAGCAGUACCCAUGGUCCCAGUACCCAUGCCUGUUCCGUUACCUGGUAUGCCAGUGGCAGGGCCGGUUGGUGCCACAGCCGUGCCAGUAAUGACUCCUGAGGAACAGAAAGAGUGGGGAUCUACAUAUUCACAGGCUGGGAACUCAGAGGCAAAGGAUAAAAAAAAACCCAAAGAGAAAAAAUUUUUGAGGGUGGCAGGGAACCAAGUGUGGGAGGAUUCGUCAUUAGCAGAGUGGGAGAAUGGUGAGGUUGUUUGUGCUAUGUUGCUGUAUUCACCCCCUAAGAGUGACCACCAUCUAAUUUCUCAAAACAAUAUCCCCCCUGAAUCACAUAUUAUGGUUAUUAGAAUUCAGGAAAUGAUCACUAACUAAGGAAGCUUUUUGAUUGUUGAACAAACUCUCCUUGUCAACACCUUGGGAAAUGUAUUGAGAGAAGCGGAAUAUGAAUACCGCUUUGUUAUGGUGUAAAGGGUAACUUGGCCAGUGAGUCAAUCAAUCAGGGAGCUGAUUAUGGUUAGACACCCUGGCCUUGUGUAUGCAUAGUACUGUAACAUCUAUCUGUAAAUUAUGCAAUCAUUUCCAAUCAAAGCUGGAAAUAUGCUGCUGUACAAAUAUCUUUAAUGGUAGGACCUCAUAAUGGUAGUUUUCCUUUUAUCAUUAGUUAUGGCAAAAUUAUUUGGAAGUAGCAGACUUAGUAUGGUAGAAUUGCUGACAGUUUUAGUCGGCUACAGGCUCUUAAUGAAAACAUACGUAUUUUCACUAAUGAUCAUUACAUUUAUUGUUUUUAGACGACUUUCGUGUGUUUUGCGGUGAUCUUGGAAAUGAGGUUACUGACGAGAUCCUCACAAGAACAUUUGCAAAAUAUCCAUCUUUACUAAGAGCUAAAGUUGUUCGUGAUAAAAAGACAAACAAAAGCAAAGGGUAUGGAUUCCUUAGCUUCAAAGAUCCUAAUGACUUUGUCAAAGCUAUGAAAGAAAUGAAUGGUAAGUCUCAGUGAUGUUAUUGUGGACUGAGGGUAAAGGUCAUGCAAGUAUAUUGUAUCUGUGAGUCAAACUAGCAAACUUCACAGGUUAUUCAAUGGAUAUUAGAACUUGGAGAGUUCGUUGGAUGCUAAGCAGAUUUUUCUCUUUUGAAUGUCUUGGGCUAUUUUUUUUAAUAUUAUGAUGUUACCUUGUGAUUUCUCUUGCUUCUACCUUUCAAAAUGAAAUCCUUUUUUAAAAAAAAGGCUGUUUUUCAUAUGUUGGGAAAAUCCUAGAUGGUCAGCAAAUUUGCUGUUUCCAGACCUUCCAAGAGUUUUGUGAUGGAUUAAAAUUUGAUAUCUCACAGUAGACAUUCCCUAUUGUCUGGAAUGGGUGGUAAACAAUUGGGGUGAUUGGGAACAUAUUUAUUUCCCAAUACUUCCCUAGCAUAAGGGUAAAUUGAUUAUUUUUAAGUAAAAGUAAUCUUCCAAAUAGCAGCAUAAUUUUUUUUUGUACAAGACCAUGAUGUGGAAAAAUUUGUUAAGUGUAACAAGAUGAAAAUAUAUAAUUUAAGAACAGUAAGAUGUUUGUACUCUUUAUCAACAAUUUAUUCUAUUGAAUUUCUUUUUUUGUACAUUGGCAGGCAAAUAUAUUGGGAAUCGACCAAUCAAGCUUAGGAAAAGUACUUGGAAAGACCGCAGUAUAGAAGCUGUUAAGAAGAAAGCAAAAGAAAAGAAGCGCUUGGGUUACAGAUAACAAUAAUGUGGAAGAAAUGCGAACUUAGAAUGUUAUUAGUUCCAUUAUGACCUUGUAUCAUAAAUUCCUUGUGAAUAUGAUGCAGAUGUUUGUAAAAGGCAAAAGUUAGUCUGUCUACUGCUAUUUAGUGAAGAAGGCACCAAGCCAGCAGAUGAAAUGCAGUUCAAGCUUUUGUGAAGGCUGUAGAUUCUUCCUUUCAGUUGGAUUACUCACUUUAGUACCAAAUCUUUUGUUAAAAGUAAACUAGCAGGUUUGACAAGUAUUGGAAAUUUUCUAUUCAAACUGGAAAUCUCUUUUGAAAAUGACCAUUUCAAUUAAUCUUCAUGCUUAUAAAAACUAAUAAGGGAAAUGGUUGGUUGUAAAUACUAAAUAUACAGUCUUCUUUUGUGAAAUUUGUGCUUAUUCUUUAUUUAGCAAGUAGAUUCCAUGUUACACUUUUUCUGUCCAGCAGUAGAAAGAACAAUAAAGGGGUACAUGAGGGGCAGCCUUUGACCCAUAAGAAUGACUAAUAUCUAAUUUCUCUUUGUAAUAUCAUCCCUGAAUCCGACAAGAAUGAAGGAAACGAUCACAUAUUAAUUGAGCUCAUCCAAUUUUUUUUUCUUUGUACUGCUUUUCUUUGCU